AUGUCAUCUAGAAUUUUAUCUUUAGAAAAAAGCAAUAGAUUCGAUAAUAAUUUUCAAAACAAUCCAGAGAAUAAACCUUCAUUACAAACACCAAAUACACAGAGUGUUGAUUCAUUUGAUUUCCAUUUUGAAAACAACUUUGACGAAGCAUUAGAUAAAUUAGAAAUCAAUCCACAUAGAGAUUCACAGAGUAGAAGAACACCAACUAACGAUAUCGCCACUCCCAAUAGUGAAAAUAUUGAAAUGAGUAGUUUAAAUGAUAGACUUGAUAGCAAUUCAAAAAAUAUUAUAAGUGACAGAAAUGCAUUAAUGUCUGACAUAAGUGAUGGUGAAGGUCCUUCAAAUUACAACUAUCACACAAAUCAAAGAUACAAUUCUUCUUCGACCAAUUUUUUAAAAAGUUUUUUCAAUUACAUAAAACAAACUAGUUCAACUUCCAGCUGGAGGUUACAUUCGAAUAACUCCUCUGUAACUUUAAAUGAGGAUCAUAUAGAGAGACAAAUACACCCGGGAACAACUCCUGUAUAUGAUAAAAAUAAAUACCCAACAAAUGAGAUAUCUAAUGCCAAAUAUGAUGCAAUAACUUUUAUACCGACUUUAUUAUAUGAGCAAUUCAAAUUCUUCUUCAACCUAUAUUUCUUAAUAGUUGCAUUAUCUCAAGCUAUCCCUGCUUUACGAAUUGGUUAUCUUUCUUCUUAUAUUGUUCCUUUAGCUUUUGUUUUAACUGUUACUAUGAGUAAAGAAGCUUUAGAUGAUAUUCAACGUAGGAAAAGAGAUAAAGAAUCCAAUAAUGAAUUAUACGAAGUCUUGAAUCAAUCUAGAUUAGUUCCAAGUAAAGAUUUGAAAGUAGGUGAUCUGGUAAAAAUGCAAAAGGGCUCGCGAGUUCCCGCUGAUAUGGUUUUAUUACAAUCAAGUGAAGGUUCCGGGGAAUGUUUUAUCAAGACAGAUCAAUUAGAUGGUGAAACAGACUGGAAAUUACGAAUUGCUUGCCCUUUAACACAGCAUUUAAAAGCCGAGGAUUUGUUAAAUAAAAUCAAUAUCACUGCUUCUGCACCUGAAAAAUCUAUACAUAAUUUCUUAGGGAAAAUUUCAUACAAAGAGUCUACCUCCAAUCCUUUAUCAAUCGAAAACACUUUAUGGGCUAAUACUGUUAUAGCAUCUACUGGAUUUUGUAUUGGAUGUGUUAUAUAUACAGGGAAAGAUACAAGACAAGCGAUGAACACGACAACUGCCACUGUCAAGACUGGCCUCUUGGAAUUAGAGAUUAACAGAAUAUCUAAAAUCUUAUGUGCUUCGGUGUUUAUUUUAUCUAUUGUCUUGGUGAUAUUUGCAGGAUUUCAAAACUCUGAUUGGUAUGUUGAUGUUAUGAGGUACUUAAUUUUAUUUUCUACCAUUAUUCCUGUCUCCUUAAGAGUAAAUCUUGACUUAGCUAAAUCUGUAUAUGCUCACCAAAUUGAACAUGACGAUACAAUUCCUGAAACAAUUGUUAGAACUAGCACUAUUCCUGAAGAUUUAGGCCGUAUAGAGUAUUUAUUAAGUGAUAAGACAGGUACACUGACACAAAAUGACAUGCAACUGAAAAAGAUUCAUUUGGGGACUGUUUCGUACACACAUGAAACUGAUGAUAUCGUUAUCGGAUAUAUCAACUCAUUAGGUGGUAAAUCAACAAAUAGUGUGAAUAUUACUACAUCAAGAAGGGAUAUUGGUACUAGAGUGCGUGAUCUGAUCACUACUCUGGCCAUAUGCCAUAAUGUCACACCUACUUUUGAAGAUGGGGAAUUAACAUAUCAAGCUGCUUCUCCAGAUGAAAUUGCUAUUGUUAAAUACACCGAAUUGAUAGGUCUUUCACUGUUCAAAAGAGACAGACAUUCAAUUACGUUACUGCAUGAUAGCAGUGGCAUCACUUUCCAAUAUGAUAUUAUUCAAGUUUUCCCAUUUACCUCCGACACUAAACGUAUGGGGAUCAUUGUGUAUGAUAAGCAACAUGAUGAAUACUGGUUUUUGCAAAAGGGUGCUGAUACUGUUAUGUGCAAAAUUGUAGAAAAUAACGAUUGGUUAGAAGAAGAAACAGCAAACAUGGCUCGUGAAGGUUUAAGAACAUUGGUUGUUGGUCGUAAAAAAAUAUCCAAAAAGAUUCUGGAACAAUUCCAAAAGGAGUAUAACGAUGCGUCUUUAUCAAUGUUAAACCGUGAUCAACAAAUGAGUGCUGUUAUUGGGAAGUUUUUGGAACAUGAUCUAGAGUUACAAGGUUUAACUGGUGUUGAGGAUAAAUUACAAAGAGAUGUUAAAUCAUCUAUAGAAUUAUUGCGCAAUGCAGGUAUUAAGAUCUGGAUGCUUACUGGUGAUAAAGUUGAAACAGCCCGUUGUGUUUCAAUUAGUGCUAAGUUAAUUUCAAGAGGUCAGUACGUCCAUACAAUUACCAAAUUACGUAAACCUGAAGGGGCCUUAAAUCAACUGGAGUAUUUAAAAGUAAAUACCAAUGCCUGUCUUUUGAUUGAUGGAGAAUCGUUAGGAACGUAUUUAACAUAUCAUAAGGAAGAAUUCUUUAGCAUUGCUUUACAAUUACCUACAGUGAUUGCUUGUCGUUGUACCCCACAACAGAAAGCAGAUAUUGCGCUUAAUAUCCGUACAGUUACAGGAAGAAGAGUAUGUUGUAUUGGCGAUGGCGGUAAUGACGUCAGUAUGAUCCAAAGUGCCGAUGUAGGCGUUGGUAUUGUAGGUAAAGAAGGUAAACAAGCUUCAUUAGCUGCUGAUUUUUCUAUCACACAAUUUUGUUAUUUAACUGAGCUACUUUUAUGGCAUGGAAGAAAUUCUUACAAAAGAUCUGCAAAAUUGGCUCAAUUUGUUAUGCAUAGAGGUCUUGUAAUUGCUAUUUGUCAAGCAGUAUUUUCUAUAUGUUCUAAAUUUGAACCUAUCGCCUUAUAUCAAGGUUGGUUAAUGGUUGGUUACGCAACCUGCUAUACAAUGGCCCCUGUUUUUUCACUUACGCUAGAUCGUGAUAUUGAUGAAUCUUUAACCAAAACCUACCCUGAAUUGUAUAAAGAUCUUACAGAAGGUAAAAGUUUAUCUUAUAAAACAUUUUUUGUCUGGUGUGCACUAUCAUUAUACCAAGGUUGUAUUAUCCAAGGGUUAUCUCAGUCAUUUACCAGUUUACUUCCAGAGGAUUUCACGAGAAUGGUAGCAAUUAGUUUUACAGCAUUGGUAAUUAACGAACUUAUAAUGGUAGCUCUUGAAAUCUAUACUUGGAAUAAAAUGAUGGUCACCACAGAAAUUAUUACCUUUUUAUUCUACGUUAUUUCCAUUCCAUUUCUGAGUGAAUACUUUGAAUUGAAGUAUAUGCUAAGUCCUAAAUUUUAUUUCGGAUUAUUCUUAAUUCUAUUACUGUCAGUGUUUCCAGUAUGGGCUGCAAAGACUAUUUAUAGAGCACUACAUCCUCCAAGUUAUGCUAAAGUCCAAGAAUUUUCGAUGGUUUAG